AUGAGGUCAUCGCUAGAUCCCCCCCCUCCUCCUUUUACUUCUCCUUCUUUAACUUCUCCUCCUUCUUCUUCUCCUUCUCCUCCUCCUCCUCCCUAUACCAACUCUAAUCACAUCAACGGCAAAUACAAUGCCCAUCAAGACUCCGAGUUCAAGGGUGGAUAUGUAGACAUCAGAAUGCAAAAAGACGUCAACUUUUGCCCAGAGAAAGGGGACAUCGAAAAGAUUCACAAGGAUGGACCCUGGAUGGCAGCGAUAAUCUUCCGCGUUAAGGACCUGCCAGCAGCUAUGAAGCAAGGCCUGUAUUGCUCGCAAGACAAUGUGGAUCUCAGUGGCUGCUGCUUUUACGAUGAUUUACAAUCAAUGCCGCCAGCGUUUCAAGAUUGGGGGCUAGGGCUUCAAGAUUGGGGCUUCACACAUGCUCGCAGGUUCCAGCGUAUUGACCUAGCUGAGAAUCCCCAGUGGAAGGCAACAUUAUUUGUCGUCUCACGUGGAAUCAAGCCCCUUUGUCGAUUUCGCAUCCAGACUCUCUCAGUUAAUAAUGUUCUUGGUGCGGCUGCUUUUACUCGAGACGAAAAAUUGGCCUAUAUGUAUAAUCGAGCGGAGCCUGAGCGAAAUUUUAAUGCAAUCUACGACGAUAUGCCGCUCCGUGGCUGGUGGCCGUGGCCUAAGAAUUCAAGUGUCUCGGACGACUAA